CUAGGCUCGUAUCUCUACCGGCAACGUUAUCGAAGCAAAUAUCUAAUCUCAUGAACGACCAAGCGACAAACUCGUUGGAGAGACUCUACAGUUCUAUCCACGCUGGUUUCUCUGGACCAUAUCCUUGGUUGGCAGCCACUCCCGAAUCUGUGAGUUCCGAGAGACCAGUCCUGAUGCCCACGGUCGGGUGGACUUCGUUCAUCCUGGCCUUCCUAAAAUGUCGGAAGCCGGAGCUCGCAGAAAAGUUAUGGAAUGACAUGGUCGAACUUGGUAUCAAGCCCGGCGUGGAGAUGUGGACAGCACUGUUAGAUGGCUACGGAGCCAUUCGAGCUCUCGACGAGACUCUGGUGACCUGGGAAUCCAUGAAAGCCGCGAAAAUUAAACCUGAUCCCAUGGCCUACCGGGCAUUCAUAUCGACACUUUUUCAUAUGCGGAAGCCAGACCAAGCAAUGGGCCGCUUCCGGGAGUUUGAGAAGUCGGGUCAGGCGAAAGACGCUGAGACCUCGCAGAUCCUCGCCGUAUACAAUACCGCCCUCCACGGACUGCUCCUCAAUUUCAAAGAAGAAGAGGCCCGCUCACUUUACGAGAGGAUGAAAGAAACAGGACCGACACCCGACAUCGUCUCAUAUAAUACAUUUUUGCGGUUCCAUGCCCGUAAAGGCGACAUGAAAUCCUUCGCGGACUGGUUAAAAGCCUUGACGGAUGCGGGACUUGUCGGUGAUGUUUUCACUUGGUCGACGGUGCUUUUUGCAUUGUUCAAGGCGGGCAGGAAAGACGGACCUCAGAUGGUUACCAACAUUAUGCGUGUGCAGAACAUAGAGCCAAACGUCGCAACAUACACAUCUAUCAUCGAUCAUGCUGUCCGAGAGCGAGACGAAGCCACUUUGAAGGCAGCGUUCGACUUAUUGCGAUGGAUGGAACAGCAGGAGCCGGAAGUGCGCCCGAAUCAGGUCACUUACACAAGUAUCCUGAGUGGCAUGUACCGCGACGAAUGGUUGGAUCCUGCAGUGCGCGAGGAAUGCAGGGUGUAUAUCAUGGAAAGUAUGCAGCGACGCAAGAUGCAGCCAAACCGCGUGACAUACCACAUCCUCCUGAAGGCUUGUCUGCGAAACCCGGGGCCGGAGGGUCUUCGUCAAGCCCUCAGCUACUACAACGAGAUGGGGGAGCGAAAGAUCCACAAGGACUACGAUACAUGGUAUAUCAUCCUGCAGGGGCUGGUCCGGAGAGGCGACUGGGAUGUUGCGCAGGAGAUGGUGAACGAGAUCAGGCGAACCGGAUUCACACCUUCUGGUGGAUUGCUAAAUCUUAUACAUAAGGUUUACGCGAGGCCCACAAAGGUUCAGAAGGGUGGUAGACGCAGACCUGCUUGAUUUGUACGGGUUCGAGAUCCGCGCUAUGCAUAGAUAGUUGACAGAUGUCUUUCGCCGAAGAAGAACGCUUUGCCCAGUCCCAGCCGCACAUAACGAGCAUACGCCCAAUGACUCCACCGUCUGCCCAACCACUUUCCGAGGUACGGCAGCAGGACCA